CCCCCGCCCCCUGCACGCGCUUCCAUCUGCCUGCCCCCCAUUUUUACCCUCCCCGAGCGCACACACACAACGCCACCAUGAGUACCGACGCCGCCAUCUCGGUGGUCGACAUCCCCCUGCUGGGCGCGUUCGGCGCGGCCGAGGGCCCGAUCCUUGCGUGUGUGGUCUCCGGCGCUUCGGACGCCGUGCUUGGCAAGCUCUGCCAGUCGCUGGCCGACGACCAGUUCGGCAGCCGAGUCGCCAUGCUUGACGCCGGCAUGGUUCCCGACGUGUCCAACCUCAAGGUGGCCCUCAUGCAGGUUCUUGUCGGCCAUGCCCAGGAGCAGGACCCGUCGACCGAGCUGUCCCUCGGCAAUCAGCUCCUCUGCGCCAUCAGCGGGCGCUCCACCAUCGCUGUCUCCAAGAAGGUCCUCGGCAUCCAGCCGCUGAUCACCCGGCAUGUUCUCGUGGUGCAGGUUCUGCCCUCCGGAAGCGCCAUCGAGCCUGGGCGCGCGGCUUUUCUCGCCCUGCUGAAUGAGCACAUCCUGGCGGGACCGGACCCGGCCGAGGGGGCUCCGCCGCAGCUGCACGGCCUCGAGGUCCUGGGCUCGCCGGAGGUGGCCGAUCUUCGCCGCCUUGGCCAGCUCUGCAAGCCGCGCGUGGACCCAACCUCGCCCGAUGCGCUGCAGGUGAUUGCCGCGCGCCUGCGCACCGGGUCGGUAGUGCAGAAGAUCGGCUCCGGUACCUCGGCCCCAGAACCGGCCGAUGCUGUCUUCCACGAGUAUGACUGAGGGUCUGCCCUGCCCUCGCCAGCAUAGCUCCUGCCUCCCUCGGGGCUCGGAGACCCGGCGGCCAGAGCUCGCCGAGCCGUCCAUUCCGGAGCACAACCAAAAAUACGCCCGUGUAUGAAUAGACAAAGAAGAGACAAAA